AUGCUCAGGGUGGUUUUGGAUGCUCCUCAGCAGUUGCUAAAGGAGGGGAGAGAGUCUCGGAAGCUGGUACUGGUGGUGGUGUUUGUUGCUCUGCUCCUGGACAACAUGCUGCUUACUGUAGUGGUGCCCAUUGUACCCAACUUCCUGUAUGCCACAGACUUCAAAGAAAUCAAUGCUCCUCUGUACCUUGGCACCACCACUGUUUCCCAGCAUGUCCUUACUUCUCGUGCUUUUUCCACAAUCUUCUCCCUCUUUGAUAACGACACUAUGGCUAUUAAAGAAAGUGCAUCCAGUGGCACAGCAUGGACAGAUCACACUUCUGGUACCAUCCCUCCUCUAGUCACUGAAGCCAUCCCAGCACAACAAAACAACUGCUUGCAAGGCAUAGAGUUUUUGAAGGAAGAGAACAUACGAGUUGGAGUUCUGUUUGCUUCAAAGGCUCUGAUGCAACUUCUGGUCAACCCAUUUGUGGGACAUCUCACCAACAGGAUUGGCUAUCAUAUCCCUAUGUUUGCUGGCUUUGUGAUCCUGUUUCUCUCCACAGUUAUGUUUGCUUUUUCUGGUACCUAUACCCUACUCUUUGUGGCUCGAACCCUUCAAGGCAUUGGAUCUUCAUUUUCAUCUGUUGCAGGUCUUGGGAUGCUGCCAAGUGUCUACACUGAUGACUAUGAGAGAGGGCAUGCCAUGGGAAUUGCGUUGGGGGGCUUGGCUUUGGGAGUGCUGGUGGGAGCUCCUUUUGGAAGUGUGAUGUAUGUGUUUGUUGGGGAGUCUUCACCCUUCCUUAUAUUGGCCUUUCUGGCACUACUGAAUGGAGCACUCCAGCUGUGUAUCUUAGAGCCUUCCAAAGUCUCUCCAGAGAGUGCCAAGGGGACUCCACUCUCACUUCUCAAAGACCCUUAUAUCCUGGUGGCUGCAGGCUCCCUCUGCUUUGCUAACAUGGGAGUGGCCAUUCUGGAGCCCACAUUGCCCAUCUGGAUGAUGCAGACCAUGUGCUCCCCUGAGUGGCAAUUAGGUCUAGCUUUUUUGCUUGCCAGUGUGUCCUACCUCAUUGGCACCAACCUCUUUGCUGUGUUGGCCAACAAGAUGGGUCGGUGGCUGUGCUCCCUGAUUGGGAUGAUGGUAAUAGGUACUAGCUUGCUUUGUGUUCCUCUGGCUCAUAAUAUUUUUGGUCUCAUUGGGCCCAAUGCAGGGAUUGGCUUUUCCAUCGGUAUGGUGGAUUCCUCUAUAAUGCCCAUCAUGGGACAUCUGGUGGACCUGCGUCAUACCUCAGUGUAUGGGAGUGUCUAUGCCAUAGCUGAUGUAGCUUUUUGCCUGGGCUUUGCUCUAGGCCCGUCCACUGGGGGAGCCAUUGUGCAUGCCAUUGGCUUCCCCUGGCUUAUGGUCAUCAUUGGGGUCAUCAACAUCAUGUAUGCUCCUUUCUGUCUCUGUUACUGCCUGAGAAGCCCCCCAGCCAAGGAGGAAAAGCUGGAAAUUCUUAGCCAGAACUUUCCCAUGGAGACCCAGAUAUGUGCAACUCAGAAGCCCACAAAGGAAUUUCCUCUGGGAGAGGACAGUGAUGAGGAGCCUGGCAGUGAGGAAUAGCAGUGGAAGGUGGUCUCUGAAUCUUGUCACAUGUGGAUCCAUGAGCCUUGGACUUCAGUGACCAAAGAGUGACCACCUCUUUCCCUAAUCACCAGAUCUCUAUGGGCUGCUCAACAGGCUUCACUUCCCUCUCCCCUGGGUAUCUCUUUUCCUCCCCUUCCAUGAGUGCCAUUCCUUGGUUCUCUCCUUAUCUA